CUGCGAUAAAUAUAUUUUAGUAUUACAAAAGAUCGCCGAAAGGGUCAGGACCUAAUUAAAAUGUCUCUUUCGGCCACCAUGAUGAGCCGCUUGUCAUUGCUGGGUAGGUUUUCAAGCCUUCCAGUUAGGACCCUGCCAGCGGCUUGCUCCCAGACACAGCCGAUGAGAUGUCUUCACGAACACAAAGAUGCAUCCACACAAACACAGUCACAAUGCACAAGUGUGGUACCAUAUAGGCAUCAGAGUACAUCAGCAGCUCCAGCUAAGAAAGGUGGAAUCAACCUGAACAAUGCAGCAGACUUUGUCGUUGCUAAAGCUGAUGAUGUCAUCAACUGGGCAAGAAGGAGUUCUCUGUGGCCCAUGACCUUUGGCCUUGCUUGCUGUGCUGUGGAGAUGAUGCAUUUCGCUGCUCCCCGUUACGACAUGGACAGGUUUGGUGUGGUAUUCCGAGCCAGUCCUCGCCAGGCUGACGUGAUGAUCGUUGCUGGUACCCUGACCAACAAGAUGGCUCCGGCUCUUAGGAAGGUGUACGAUCAGAUGCCCGAACCAAGAUGGGUUAUCUCAAUGGGAAGCUGUGCAAAUGGAGGUGGUUACUACCAUUAUUCUUAUGCUGUUGUCAGGGGUUGUGACAGGAUUGUUCCGGUUGAUAUCUACGUCCCAGGUUGCCCUCCGACGGCCGAGGCUCUUCUCUAUGGUGUCCUUCAACUACAGAAGAAGAUCAAACGAGCCAAGAAUAUCACAAUGUGGUAUAGGAAAUAA